AUGCCAAUGUUUAUAAACCAAUGUCUCGUCAAUGAAUUAUGCUACUCGGGAUGGUUCAAAAAACCUUGCUUUACUGGGGGAGACAUCACGAAGCGAAGCAUACCGAUCAGUCUUCUCCGAGUGGUCGGUGCGCCUACGUCUCUCGUGAAAAACACGAGCGUGAUGACCAACAGUAAUACGUACAAUUCAUCUGUCGAAAUCGGCACCGCGACGAAUAGCGAGAACACCAAACAAUUCAUCAAGAAAGAAACGCUACGGAAAAUUAAGUCGAUCGGCGGUCACGUGGGGCUGCUGAUCACCCUAAUGCUUUAUACCGCGAUCGGCGGGCUGGUUUUCCGGCAGAUCGAACUUCCAGCGGAGCUCAGACGGCUUGAGCGUUUGCGCGCAAGAUUACGUAUGCAACGAUAUCGCUUUGUGGAGACAGUUUCCAACAGCACAGACGUUUUCAAUUUGCAUACCUUGGUAAGCGUGAAAUUGCGCAUCUAUGAAGAAGCAGUUCAGGAAGCAGCGGAGGCGGGUCUCCUGAUCAGCUUCGUGACAGAUAUCAUUAAUCGUCCUGAUUUUUCUGAAUCGGAACUACCACCCAUUGUGACGGAGAGAUGGAACGUUUUCCAGGCGAUUUUCUUCGCCAGCACGGUCCUCACGACAAUCGGAUAUGGCAAUGUUGUGCCCUCGACCAACUGGGGAAAAAUUUUCUGCAUCUUUUUCGCUUUUGUCGGUAUACCUCUCACUUUGAUAGUGAUCGCUGACUGGGGAAAACUAUUUGCAAACGCGGUAGUGCACAUGGGAUUGAUGGUGAAGUCGAAACUUCCGUUUCUCACGAAGCUUUCAUUCAUCCCGACGAAUGUGACCGGUCGACGGUCACUAGGUGCUUGUGCCGCCAUUAUGCUACUCUUCCUUUAUCUCGCCUGCGGAGCUGGAAUGUUUAUGCUGUGGGAGAAUGAUUGGGAUUUUUUUGAUGGAUUUUACUUCUGUUUCGUAACCAUGACCACCAUAGGUUUUGGCGAUCUCGUCCCAAAGAAGCCGAAGUACACUUUAUUGUGCACUUUAUAUAUCUUGGUCGGCUUGGCGCUGACUAGCACCAUCAUCGAGCUCGUCAGACGACAGUAUGCUCAGUCCUGGAGGAGGCUGCAAAGACUGAGCGGUCCAUUGGCUGAGGCUCUCAGGAAAUUAGGCGAACAAGCAGGCGGCGAUAUGUCGGCGCUACACUCUGAUAUACGAAAAGUACUGACGGUCGUAUCUAUGCCGCGACUAAAGUGGUCCGCGUCCAUAGACCGGAGCAUCACAAAGGACCAGGACUGGGAAGAAGCAGUGGAGGCGGUAUUGCGCGACAUCGCAGUAUCCGGGACGGCGCCGCCACCCAAGAAGUCGAUCGUACAAAUCGUUGUUUACGAGUCCAGUGUUUAAUUUGUUGUUUAAUGCUUGGAGGAAAGAGUUGUCGCGUUAAUAACUACGUUUAUACCCUAAAUUUAGAAUAAAACCUAUACUCCAAAUAGAUCUCUUACUGUAAAUACUUGAUCGUUUUAAGUUAGGCUUCAUUCAAAACUAUUGUAGUUCAGAUCAUUUAUAAUUGAUGGUCAGACCCAUUUUGAGUCACAGUAGUAUAGGUCAGGCCGUGCAUAGAUCAAGCUAUAGCGAGGACAAACGACCAUAAACGAACGUUCAGAUUCAUAGAUUUACGAACGAACGUAGAUAUAAUGAGUGUUAUGCGUAGACUAGAAAAGUGAUGCAUCACACACGCGAAAAAGAAAAGAGACGGUUCUCGCAUCGACACAUACACACACACAUAUUCACAUACACGCACAUCAAUGCGAGCGAGUUAACGACGGAAAAAAUAGAGGAACGCGGCGCUUGUGUUUUUAAUUUCGCCGUCACCAAGGAUCCCGUUCUUCUUCUUUUAUCAUCACCGAGAGUCAGUCUUUCGAAGUUCACGAUCUGAUACACGUCGAUACGAAAGGUCCGUCUGCGAGAACGCUCUUUUCGAGGCAGCGACGUUAUUGCUGGUCCUCCAUAAGUCAAGGGGCAUUCCCUAGGCGUUGCUCUAAGAGAGCAACUCUAAGAGAGCUCAGGGUGUCUUCCUCAAUCGUAACCACGAGUCGGCUCAGGGCUACGGCCCCAAGGCGUUGCCACGCGAGUGCGAUCCAUUUCUGGAUCAUAUCAUCGUACCAUAUCGAGACAUGUGUUAGAGAGAUAAUCGUUACGGGUAAUAAAAAAAAACGCUUAAUGCGAAAUUGUGAUGAAUAUAUACUGUGAAAUUAUA